CUGCAAAACGGACGAUAUAUUUGUUUCCAACACCAUCCCACCCAUCACAAUCUCGUCGAGCACGUAAUGGAUCCGAUCGGAAUGAAAGAUCAGGUCCAGUUCGCACACGUUCUCGAAACACUUGUCGAGGGCCUCGACAAAGACCUGGAUCAGAUCGAGAAUGCCCAGAUCGGAUUCCUGUGCGUCGACGGCAAAUAUAAAAUACAGGGUGGCAUAAUUUCGGUAGAUGAGCUUGACGUUCUCGCCCCACUCCGGAACGACGCCCUCGAGGUAGUUGCAAAAGGUGUCGGGCCGGGACGUCACCUGAGAGAAGACCCGCCGUAUCACGCUCUGCUGGACCUGUUCCGAUUCGACGGCCUGGUAGAAUUUUACCAGCCGGGGUUUCCCGUGGUUGUUGACAAUAAUGAUUCCCUUGAUCAUGGUGUCCCGCACUAUCAAGUGCCUUGGUGCACCGGGGUGGUUCCUGUGUCGCGAAGAGCGGUCUCGGCGGGAAUCACGAUCGUGCUCCAGCGGGAGAAGUUUCGACUGCAGGGAAGGCUUUUUUUUCGUUCCUCGUGUUGUCCAACAGUCUAGUCUUCGCAAAUGAUCAUGAGACAUGAGACGUGAAAACCGAAAAUCAACCUCUCGACGGGAAAAAAAUCGACAGUGUUCGCCAUUAAGGUUAAUGUUUGUCAU